AUGAAUGAGUAUGAAGUUGAUUUUUUUAAAUCACUGAUUGAGGAGCGCCCUGUUCUUUGGGACACUAGUAACAGAGAUUAUAAAAAUACAUUCCUCAAACAAGAAGCUUGGAAGAACAUUGACCAAGUUGGUUCCUCGGGACUGAAUAGCUUUCAGGCAGAAUCAGAGAAGUUAAAUAAGGAAGCAAUUGAUGGCUCAAGUCGUCGUGAUGUUCAGGAUAAGGAUAAUAUUUGGCAUGGUUGGUCUCCAGCUGCACUUAAAACCAAAAUGUCGGAUGCACUAGUUACAAAAAAAGGGGAGCCUAACAUGGCUUCGCAGGAGAAGACAAAGACCAAGGGCUUCAAUAGCUGA